UUCUCUUUUCGUCUUUUCCCAUCCUCUAAGAAAGUCUCAUACUCGAGUGUUAGGAGAAAAUAUAAUCAAAGGAUCAAAGAACAGUAAAAUCAUGAGCAAUCGUAUCGGAUUACUUGAUCUGGAGAAGCAUUUCGCCUUCUACGGAGCUUAUCACAGCAAUCCAAUAAACAUUAUAAUCCACACUCUGCUCGUAUGGCCAAACGUCUUCGCCACUCUCCUUUUCCUCUACUCCACGCCACCGGUUCUACAUCACUACCCUCAAUUAGGAGGAUUCUUCAAAUCCCUGACCUUUGACGGUGUCUUGCGCUUGGACAUUGGGUUUACUCUCACCGUCAUUUAUGCUGUUUUUUACAUCUGUUUGGACAAGAAAUCUGGUGUUUUAGCUGCUCUGUUAUGUUUCUCUUGUUGGGUUGGCUCUAGCUUCCUCGCAGCUAGGCUUGGACAUUCCUUAACCUUAAAGGUUGGAAUAGCUUCUCAGUUCUUAUGUUGGACUGGUCAGUUCCUCGGUCACGGCUUGUUUGAGAAACGAGCUCCUGCACUUUUAGACAACCUAGUACAAGCUUUUCUAAUGGGUCCUUUCUUCGUGUUGCUCGAGGUGUUGCAAUCUGUUUUUGGGUACGAGCCAUACUAUGGAUUUAAAGAACGCGUCGAGUCCAAGAUCAAGAGUGAAAUAAAAGAAUGGAGAGAAAAGAAGCUGCAGCUAAAGGAGAAAAAGAUCACUUAAAAAGCUCCGUUCGUUAUGGUCAAUGACAUUGUGUGAUUCGAAAAUUGUUCCCCUCCUCUGUUCGUAAUGAAUCAAAGCACACAAACAUAAGUUACAUGUACGAGUUACUUUUGUUAUUUUAGCCUCAGGCCCAUACCCAGGCCCAUUAACUAAUGCAAAGUCAUUGUAUAAUAGAUAAGGAAUCUUCCCAAGUUCCAUGUCGAUGAUAUAGUUAGUGUUGUUGGCACGAGAGUUGUUUUUAAGACACACAAGUUUGAAAGGGAUAACAUAGAUAGAUAGAUAAAGAAGAGUUCGACACUGUCUCACUGUCAGAAUUGU